UGUGGCUCUCAGCUGGGCUGUGCUGGACCUUCAUAGCUGAGACUGGACUGAAAGAUGGCAAUAAGAGUGAACGUAAUAUUUUGGCUGAUGUGCGUCUUAGCUUGGCAGCACUGCGAGUCAUCGAACAGAAUCUCAGGUGACAUGUGCCUCUGGUCCAGCCUCAGAGGAGGCGACUCCGUCUACGAGAUCGUCGAGCACAAGAUGCAAUCAAGAAUGGAUUUGUUAAACCAAUACGCAUGGCGCCCUGGUAUUUACAAGCAUACGAAGAAUGGUAAAAGUGUCAUGGAUUACACUUCCUCCGCGAAAACCAUCUCAACGCCUGGUAAAUUAUGGGAAAUUAAACUGAACGAUGUCAUCCAAAAUAAGUCAGUUCAUUGCGCGGGCAGUAAAUGCACUUCUUUUAACACUAGAAAUGGAAGAAGAACGAAUAUUACUUCAAUUAAUUUUCCAUCAACCCAUCUAGAGCAUCCAAUAAAAGCUCAGAUGUCCCUAAAAGAGGAAAAUAAUUUGGACAGAGAUACAUUUUUAGACUGCUUUCUGUUAUCUCAAGAUAAUUACUGGGAUCAACCACAAGCGUCUGACAGAAAUAGCCAUUUUCGAAACUACCGCCUAUCUGAUGUAAUUGACAUGAAAACACGGCAGCCUUUGGAAAAUUUCACCUCAUCUGAUGGAAUUGUGUUGCGAGUUUUGCAUGAAACCAGCGGAUCUACAUUAUUACACGUUGUGUUCCAGACCUGGCAAUACUUUACAUUCGGUGCUCAUCUACGAUGGUGGCUUGAAAAAUUGCAACCUGGACGCAUUGCGGUGCUGACCGUACGGAGGAUAGGCGUUCCUGGACUAUGGUUUAUUGAAAAAUAUCUGAAAGAAUCGGGAUCUCUGUUUGUCGACACGGUUCCCACCACCAAUAUGUGGACUUGGGCCUGGGUGGUAGGAGGUAGAACCUUGAUUGAGUCAACUGCCAAGUACAAGAGCGACUUAUUCGCUCAUAAAAUAUUUUCCUUCGCAAAUAAUGAAGCCAAACACAAUAAAAAUCAAAUUCUCGAAGAUAAAAAAAUUGUCGCCUUUGAAUCUAAAUUAAGUCGAUCUGGACAACAUCGCAUGCGUGGAAAUCUUACACUGCAACCGCAAAUACACAGAUAUUUUAAUAAUCAUAGUCCAAUUACAAACAACAACAUGAAUUUCUUCACCGAUCAAAUGAAGAUGAGAGAAAAACUUUGUGAUUCCUGCGAGGGGCUGGGCGAGUUCUGUUCGUAUAUUUUUCACUCAGAACUCCUAAAACGCAUCAAUUCUCCCCAAGAAAAUUCCGGACCAAAAAUCGCGAUUGUCGUUCUGGCGGGAAUUCGUGUAGAAUACAUUCUACACACUCUGACUCACCUCUUCUCGUCUAUAGGUGUUGACAAGAAAAACGUGGUGGUAAUGGUCGGAAGAUCUUUCAACGACAACAGCGUGAAUAGAAACGUGCUUCUUCUUUUGAAUUCUUUGACAAUUCCAUAUCAGAUUACGCCAGACUUUGAGAUACUGCUGAGCCUUUCUGCUACAUCGUUAGGAAAAAGUUUCUACUAUUAUAAAUCGGCCUUUAAACUGGCUUUGGAAUAUUACUCAGCAGAUUAUAAAUAUUUUGCAUUACUUGAUGAAGAUGUCGAGGUUUCCAAAGAUUGGCUACGGUAUUUACAAUACACGGCGCCUCUCCUAGACACAGACACCUCCCUUUGGUGCGCCACGGGCAGCGGAGGAGUCCUACCUGCAGGCAAGGACCCAAAACGUGUGUACCGCGCGCAGCGUCAACCAGGUUGGGGUUUCAUGGUGACCAGGGCAGUUCUUGAAGCAGCCACGAGGCAAAUGUUAACGGGGGAUGUCGCCUUGUAUGAUAUGUGGCUCUUGAAUACCUUUUCAAAGGGAAGGGAGUGUGUCUUUCCAGAGGUAGCGCGUUCAAGGCACUAUGGAGUUGGCAUCAAUACGAUACCUCAGGUUCAUCAUAUUUAUAGCCUAGAGGUUACUUUGUACCAGGGACCUCCGCUUAAAAUGACUCCGUUAAUUCAACUUACCCGCGAAAAUUACAGGAAGAAAAUAGUCAAGGAAAUUUCUAGCGCUGAAGUUUAUUCCGAAAAUCCCUGCAAAUCGAAUUUCCUAGCCAAAACUGCUCAGCACGGCAAAGUUAGCCUAGUUUUUCCGUUUCUUCUCAAUAGUAGCACAGAUUUUUUUAAUUGGACAUUAUUGGCCGAAUGCAUUGGUUUGUACGGAUAUUCUCCACCUCAUGCCCCAUAUUUUGCCGUGCCCUUGACACUGCCGCUGAAUAAUACCCUGUACAUAAUUGGUGUUCCGAUAUCACCGUUUACUGAACUAAUUCACAAAAACUUCACGCUGUGGACACCAACCUUUUUGGAAGACGGC